AGCAGCUGUCCUGUCCCGUCGACGACUGGCUCUACGUCGUCCGAAUUCCGAAUAUCGUCGUAGUGGAACUGUCGCGACCGAGAUUCCUAAUAUGGCCAGUGAAAAAAAACCGGCGAAGGCGCCGUCAAAAAGAGAGAAAACCGCCGAGGAGAUACUGACGGAGUUCCAGUCGCACCGAAAUGAACAGAGAGUGCUGGCAAAUAAACUCUCCGAGAUGGAGAUGGAAUUGAACGAACACAAAAUUGUUAUCGACACGUUAAAGAAUGUGGAUCCUAAGAGGAAGUGCUACAGGAUGAUCGGCGGGCUUCUGUGCGAACGUACGGUGGAAGACGUGAUGCCUGCUCUGGUAACGAACAAAGAACAGUUGAUGAAAGUGAUAGACGCUUUAAACGAUCAGGUAACGAAAAAAGGGAUCGAGAUAAAUGAGUACAAGGAAAAGCACAACAUCAGAAUCAGAGGACAAGAUGAUUUGCAGCAACAAGAAGAGGAUAACAACAAUAAAGAAGACAAGAGAAAGGCGAUUGUUGUGAAUCCGAUUGAGAUUUAAGUGUAUUAAAUAUAAGUUUUUUUUAAUACUACAUUAAGGCAUAUUAAGACGUGCGUGGAUCCUUAAUUGGAUAAAUACUUUUUGAGUUUAUUUCUAAAUUAGUUUCCAUGUUUAUUUAUUGUGCCGUCUUGUAUAUGUCACACCACUUUGUAACGUCAUAUCGCUAGGCGUUUGUUCCACAAGUGUAUUUGACCAAAAAAAAGAAGAAUAUUUUAAUGUCUUGUAAAAAUUAGGUUCGUACAAUUUCUGCAAUUAGGUCUCUCGAUUACUUGUAUCUUUGCGUCAAAAGUCAAAUAAUAACGUAACGUUC